UAUAUAAGGCCCAGCGGCUGUACUGCUGGAGAGACGAAGACCUGGACCCCCAGCUGAGGAGUUCCGCACAGGACACGAUCAUUGGCUUUGAGCAACUUCCUAGGGGACCACGAUCCAGGGACAGCCUGACUCUGUGACACACCCUCAUCCAUCUCCUGCCACAUUCCCCAUGGGGUCUGGGGAAAAGAUGGUGGGGACCAGGGCCUGGGUGUUCUUCCUGGUCCUGGAGGUCACCUCUGUGUUGGGGAGACAGACCAUGCUCACCCCGUCAGUGAGAAGAGUCCGGCCUGGAAGGAGGGCCCCCAGCAACUUCGUCCUUCCUGCUGACUCCCUGGAGAGUCCUGGCGAGUGGACAACCUGGUUCAACAUUGACCACCCAGGUGGGAAAGGUGACUAUGAGCGACUGGAUGCCAUUCGCUUCUACUAUGGGGACCGUGUGUGUGCUCAGCCUCUGAAGCUAGAGGCUCGGACUACUGACUGGAUCCCUGCCAGCAGCACGGGCCAGGUGGUCCAUGGCAGUCCUCAUGAGGGCUUCUGGUGCCUCAACAGGGAGCAGCGGUCAGGCCAGAAUUGCUCCAAUUACACUGUUCGCUUCUUCUGUCCCCCAGGGUCCCUGCGCCGAGACACAGAGCGCAUCUGGAGCCCAUGGUCUCCCUGGAGCAAGUGUUCUGCUGCCUGUGAUCACACUGGGGUCCAGACCCGCACACGCACCUGCUUGGCAGAGACGGUAUCGCUGUGCCGUGAGGCCACUGAGGAGGGCCGGCUCUGCAUGGGCCAGGCCUGUACAGACUGUGACAUGACCUGCCCCAUGGGCCAUGUGAAUGCUGACUGUGAUGCCUGCAUGUGCCAGGACUUCAUGCUGCAUGGGGUUGUCUCCCUCCCGGGGGGUGCCCCAGCCUCAAAGGCCACUGUCUACCUGAUGACCAAGACUCCUAAGCCACUCACCCAGACAGACAGCAAUGGGAGGUUCCGGAUCCCUGGCUUGUGCCCUGAUGGCCAAAACAUACUGAAGAUCACCAAGACCAAAUUUUCUCCCAUUUUGGUUACAAUGCCCAAGACUAGUCUGAAGUCAGCUACCAUCAAUGCCGAGUUCAUGAGGGCAGAGACCCCAUACAUUGUGAUGAACCCUGAGACAAAAGCAAGGAGAGCUGGGCAGAGCGUAUCCCUGUGCUGUAAGGCCACAGGAAAGCCCAGUCCAGACAAGUAUUUCUGGUAUCACAAUGGCACGUUACUGCACCCCUCCCUGUACAAGCACGAAAGCAAACUGGUGCUGAGGAAACUGCAGCGGGAUCAGGCUGGGGAGUAUUUUUGCAAGGCCCAGAGCGAUGCAGGGGCUGUGAAGUCCCAGGUUGCCCAGCUGACUGUCAUAGACCUUGAUGAGACCCCCUGCAACCCAAUCCCUGAACGCUACCUUAUCCGGCUGCCCCAUGAUUGUUUCCAGAAUGCCACAAACUCCUUUUACUAUGAUGUGGGUCGAUGCCCUGUUAAAACCUGUGCAGGGCAGCAGGAUAAUGGGAUCAGGUGCCGGGAUGCUGUGGAGAACUGCUGUGGCAUCUCCAAAACAGAGGAGAGGGAGAUCCAGUGCAGUGGGUAUACACUGCCCACCAAGGUGGCCAUAGAGUGCAGCUGUCAGCGGUGUACAGAGACCCGGAGUAUUGUGCGGGGUCGUGUCACUGCAGCCGACAAUGGGGAACCCAUGCGCUUUGGCCAUGUGUACAUGGGAGGCAACCGUGUAAGCAUGACUGGCUACAAGGGCACUUUCACUCUCCAUGUCCCUCAAGACACCGAGAGACUAGUGCUCACUUUUGUGGACAGGCUGCAGAAGUUUGUCAACACCACCAAAGUUCUGCCCUUCAACAAGAAGGGAAGUGCAGUGUUCCAUGAGAUCAAGAUGCUUCGACAGAAAGAACCCAUCACCUUGGAGGCCAUGGAGACCAACAUUAUCCCCCUGGGGGAGGUGGCUGGUGAAGACCCUAUGGCUGAGCUGGAGAUCCCCAUCAAGAGUUUCUACAGGCAGAAUGGGGAGCCCUUCACAGGGAAAGUAAAGGCCAGUGUGACCUUCCUGGAUCCCCGGAAUAUUUCCACAGCCACAGCUGCCCAGAGUGACCUGAAUUUCAUCACUGACGAAGGAGAUACCUUCCCACUCCGAACAUAUGGCAUGUUCUCUGUGGACUUCAGAGAUGAGGCCACCUCAGAGUCACUUAAUGUUGGCAAGGUGAAAGUCCAUCUUGACUCAGCCCAGGUCAAGAUGCCAGAGCACAUGCCCACAAUGAAACUCUGGUCACUUAACCCAGACACAGGGCUAUGGGAGGAGGAAGGUGACUUCAAGUUUGAAAGCCAACGGCGGAACAAGAGGGAAGAGAGAACGUUUCUAGUGGGCAACAUGGAGAUCCGAGAGAGGAGGCUCUUUAACCUGGAUGUCCCUGAAAGCAGGAGGUGUUUUAUUAAGGUGAGGGCUUACCGGAGUGAGAGGUUCUUGCCCAGUGAGCAGAUCCAGGGGGUUGUUGUCUCUGUGAUCAACCUGGAGCCCAGGACUGGCUUCUCAUCUAACCCCAGGGCCUGGGGUCGCUUUGACAGUGUAAUCACAGGCCCCAAUGGAGCCUGCCUGCCUGCCUUCUGUGAUGACCAAUCCCCAGAUGCCUACUCUGCCUAUGUCUUGGCAAGCCUGGCUGGAGAAGAGCUGGAAGCGGUAGAGUCUUCUCCUAAAUUCAACCCAAAUGCAAUUGGUGUCCCUCAGCCCUACCUCAACAAGCUCAAGUACCGUCGGACAGACCAUGAAGACCCACGAGUUAAGAAGACAGCUUUCCAGAUCAGCAUGGCCAAGCCAAGGCCCAACUCAGCAGAAGAGAGCAAUGGACCUAUCUAUGCCUUUGAGAACCUUCGGGAAUGUGAGGAGGCACCACCCAGUGCAGCCCACUUCCGGUUCUACCAGAUUGAGGGGGAUAGUUAUGACUACAACACAGUUCCCUUCAACGAGGAUGACCCCAUGAGCUGGACUGAAGACUACCUGGCAUGGUGGCCCAAGCCAAUGGAGUUCCGGGCCUGCUACAUCAAGGUGAAGAUCGUGGGGCCACUAGAGGUGAAUGUGCGAUCCCGCAAUAUGGGGGGCACACACCGGCAGACAGUGGGAAAGCUGUAUGGAAUCCGGGAUGUGAGGAGCACACGGGAUAGGGACCAGCCCAAUGUCUCAUCUGCCUGUGUGGAGUUCAAGUGCAGCGGGAUGCUCUAUGACCAGGAUCGUGUAGAUCGCACAAUGGUGAAGAUCAUUCCCCAAGGCAGCUGCCAUCGAGCCAAUGUAAACCCCAUGCUGCAUGAGUACCUGGUGAAUCACCUACCACUGGCAGUCAAUAAUGACAGCAGUGAGUACACCAUGCUGGCACCUCUGGACCCACUGGGCCACAACUACGGCAUCUACACUGUGACUGACCAGGACCCUCGUGUGGCCAAGGAGAUUGCACUUGGCCGAUGCUUUGAUGGCACAUCUGAUGGCUCCUCCAGAGUCAUGAAGAGCAACGUGGGAGUGGCCCUCACCUUUAACUGUGUAGAGAGGCAGGUGGGCCGCCAGAGUGCCUUCCAGUACCUCCAAAACACCCCUGCCCGCCCCUCCUCCCAGAGCGCUGUCAGAGGAAGAGUGCUCUCCAGUAGGCAACAGCGGGCAAGUAGGGCUGGCCAGCGCCUGCGCAGCAGGGUGACCUCCCGGAGGUUUCCAGGGGUUGCUCAGCAGCCUCUGCGCAACUAAGUCUCGUGGCACUUCUCUCCCCACCUCACAUGACAGCCAUUGUGAGACUGAAGCACAAACUGUCACUCGGUUAAUUUAAGCACAUCUGUUCUGGUGCAAUUUGCUUGUUUGUUCCUUCAUGCCUUUAUUUACUGUUUCUGUCCCAUGAUACCAAUUGAUCAUAGCAUCCAAAAUGGAGAAAUAAAGCCCCUUUGUCCUGUCCUUUAAAAGAAACACGAGAAAUCGGCUACUGGUAAACUCUGUGGCCUUGACUGUUCUUCAUUUAGUGCUCUCAGUGGAAAUGUACUUCCUUUUUAUUUGCACAGUUUGGCCCAACUCCACGAUCAUGAUAAUCUGAUGUUGAAGAUGAAUAAUUACAUAAAACAUUUUUCUUAGCCUUGCUCUACAGGAUGUAAGCAAGGCCUCCAUCACAGCUCACACAUAUCAAUGGUGGUGAAAUAAAGAAAUAAACUACAAUAUUUUUACU